AUGUACUCCCUAUGGAAGGAAGUCAGCGAGCAGAUAAAAAAAAAAGCGGAAGAUUUAAAUAACAGUCUACAGGAACUGAACUCUAGCAGCAACCACCCCAUAGGGGGGACCACACAGGUUCGCCCAGACACGAGUCUAAAGAAUUCAAUACAAGAGAAAUUUCACAUCAUAAACGAUAAGUACAUUAAUGGGAAGGAAUUCCCAGAGCUCCACUAUUACAAUGAAAAACUUCUCAGUGGGUUUAACAACUUUAAGAGGAUUGUGGGGGGCAUGUACAAGGAGAAAGUGAACAAUGGCAGUGAUGGAGAUGCUGGGCGGUCAGAGGGGCAGAAGUUUUACCUUUCCAAAAUAGUACCAUGGAAAAAGGGAGACAUUAUGAUUUCCAAAAUUUACAGAAAAAAAUACAAUGAAGGAUUCCCCAUCAAUUUGCCUGAUCCCCAUUUAAAUUCAUAUGUAUACAAAAAAAUUUUAAAAUUAAAUGUUGAUAGAAAUAAAAUUUUACACACAAAUAUUUUGGAGAACUACAACUUUUGUUGGAACAAAAAAAAAGAACAAAGUGAAAAAAUAAUUUUGGAGGAUCCAAACUUGGAACAAACGAAAAAAUAUCUUGUUCCCUUCUACAUGUCUGAGUUGGAUUUCUGGAAAUCCUACUUUUUCAACGUUGAUAUUAUAUACAACGAAAUUGCGGAUGAUAUUUACGAGAGUAGGAAGAAAUUCCCGGAUGCUGAUGGGCCACUACACUUUGUACCACUUCCAUGUGAUCGCACUGCAGAGGAGAAGAGGCCACUCUCCACCGAGGUGACACCCUCUGAUGAUGCCAAACAGUGGAUCCCCCCCACGAAUGGAAAAGCAAACACCGUGGAAGGAACAACAGAAGAGACACAAUUAACGAACCAAUUGAGUUUCCCAAAGGUGGAGCUCCCUGCGGAGGGGGGGGAAAGACCCCCUACACAGUGGGAACUUCAUAGAGAAAACUCCAAAAAUGUAUACCUAAAAGAAGAGCCGAACGAAGAAGAAAUCACGGAGAGAGUGCAUGUCACCUCGAAUUUGGCUAGUUUCCAAAAUUUGAAUCAUUCAGAUUGGCUGACUCCUUCAGAAGAGCAAGAAAAGAGAAGCAGCCUAGGUGUUCAAAGAGGCACCGAUUCGAAAACACCCGAUUGUAACUCGGCUUACCAAGGGCAAAGUAAAAUUGAUUCGAUCACACCGAAGGAUGACACUUCUUUAAUGAGAAAGACCCAAAUUAACGGACUCAACAUUUACAUGGACAAUGAUGUCUUCGUAAAUCUUAGGGACAAAUCAGAAGCGUUCGGUGCCCUUUUAGCAGACACAAAAGAAUAUACUGAGGAGAUUAAAAGGGAGGACAGCCAAGGAGAUUACUAUAAUCUAGAAUUGGUUGACCACUCCUUAGAGGCAUCAUUUAAGGGAAUGCCUAACAAAGGGGAAGGCAGAGAAGUGGAAGGCUGUGUUGUCUCGCAUAAAAAAACGGAAGACACUAUCGAUGUGAAUGUUAAGGCUGAGGAGGAUAAUCAUAUCCAAGGGAACCAACUGAUUAAUAAUCAGCCAGAAUCUUUAACCAUUUCGAAGGCUAAUAUAAAAUUUUUAGAUCUUAUUGAAGAGCAGAAUGAAAAGGCCUAUAGUCUGGAUGAGAAAAACGGGGGAAAAGAUGGUUUCGAGUCUCUCGAUAAGGUGCAGUAUGUGCCACAUGAAGAGGGAGAAACUGCGAGUGCAAAGUUGGAUGGCACAGUUGAUGUCCCUGUGGUCAGUAUGCAUGGUGGGGCAAAUGAACAGUUUGACAAGGAGGAAGACGAAGAGGAAGAUAAUCAGUUGGUAGAACAAUACGAUGAACAGGACGAGGGAGGGAAGAAGGAAGAAGCUUCCAUCCAUGCCAAUCUGAACGAAGCGGAAACGAAGGAAGAACUGGAUGAUUGUGCACUCCCCCAGCAGGAGCAUGCACCGGCCAAUGAUCCAAAAUUUGCGAAGGAAUUACCUCUUACCAAUCAUGCAGGUGAAUCAAACGACUCCAAAUUACUUAUUAGUGAUGGAGGAGGAGACCAAACAACCCCAUAUGAUAACUUAAAAUAUGAUCCCAUAUUUGUCGAGCUGAAUCAAUGCAACCCAUUGAAUGAAGAAAGUAGGGAAGGCAAUGAAUGUGUAGACUCCAUGAUAAGCGUUACAGAAAAUUCAAACGAAGUUGAGGACAGCUUGGCUGGUGAAGAAAAGGUUAAUGCCGCUUAUCAUCCGCAGGAGGAACCCUUACAUAAUGACUGUUCACAGGUGAAGAUGCCAUGGCUAGAAAAUAGCACCACUGGAGGGACCACUGGAGGGACCACUGGAGGGACCACUGGAGGGACCACUGGAGGGACCACUGGAGGGACCACUGGAGGGACCACUGGAGGGACCACUGGAGGGACCACUGGAGGGACCACUGGAGGGACCACUGGAGGGACCACUGGAGGGACCACUGGAGGGACCACUGGAGGGACCACUGGAGGGACCACUGGAGGGACCACUGGAGGGACCACUGGAGGGACCACUGGAGGGACCACUGAGCAGAUCAACGAUUGGGCAAACACGCCUCUGUCUUCCUACCCUAAUGACACUACUGCAAAGCAGAAUGACAUAACCGUUGGAGUAAAAGCAGAAGAUGAAUCACCUAGAAGCGCAAAGGGAGAUAUGAAAAUUUCACAAAAAGAAUGCGACUUAUAUCUUGAUGAAUUAAAUAUUUCUGAUGUACUUGAAUUUGAAAUUGAUUCAAAUAAGUUCAAUGCAGAAGAGUUGGAGCAAUUUGAAAAGGACCUCCUGAAUGCGUAG